GUCAGGCUAUAAAUAGGACCGAUGGCUGAUAAAAAGCAGACGAACCAAAAGCGAAAGAUUAGAAAAUUUUCUCUUAGUGUGUGCUGUUGUUAAAUUACUGAACCUGUUCUUUUAAGGAUUGUUUCAUUUCAUUCAUCAAGGGCGACUUGAACAAAUACAGACUUCCUGCCAGCGCCAUGAAUCCCCUUCUCAUUAUCGCACUCUUGGUGCCCAUGACCUUGGCCCAACUUGGGGGGUUUGAACCCAUGCACUUCCUCGACGGAAGUGACCCCAAUGUCCAGUUUGCCGUCAAGGCCAUUAACGAUUUCUACGCUAAGCAAGGGGACAACGCCGUCAGAACAUUCGUCAGUGUUUUACAGUCACAGUCACAGAUUGUAGCUGGCACACACUACCAGUUUACAUUGAAGGUCGCCACAGCUACACAGACUGAGAUCUGCCAGGUUGACGUCUGGUCCCGCCCAUGGCUGUCCGGCAGUGAAGGUCUGCAGACGACCAAGGAUCCAGUCUGUACCCCUCAAGCUAAGAGACAAGUGCUAGUCGGAGGUCCAAUGGUCAUUGACUCCAAUAGAGACGACGUCCAGAAGGCCCUGGACUUUGCUGUGACCACCAUGAACGCCCAGGAAAACUAUCUCUACCUGAGGAAGGCCGUGUCCAUCGCCCAAGUCACCUCUCAGGUUGUAUCUGGAAUCUCGUUCCACUUCACUGGCGUUGUGAUGGCAUCAACCAACUGUGACAAGUCAACCACCCACAACCUCAACGGAUGUGCUGUUGCUAAUGAUGCAGAUACCCGCACCUGUGACUUCAACGUAUGGUGGCAGUCAUGGAUGACUCCCGAGUACCAGCUGACCAAUGUCCACUGCAAUUAAACAGCGACUAACACGAAGCUUCGAGUGUCUUCCACUUCAACAGUUCAAGUUUUGUUACAAAUAAAAACUACCUGUAAAAAACACAACAGAA